AUGGGUAAAGCAGGAUCUCUGUCUGGCGAGGAGGCUGGCCCAACAAUACACUACAACGAUUGGCCGAACACACUGGGAUUCGAUACACACUACGAGGAGAGGACCCCAAUCGAGUUAAGAGUCGAGGGAGAUAUCCCAGCGUAUGCAGCGGGUACUCUGUUCCGCACUGGUCUAGGACCGAGGUCGAUCCGCACAUCCAAAGAUACAGAAUUCAAAGUCAACCACUGGUUCGACAAUUUCUCCCAAAUCCACCGCUUCCAGAUCCACCAGCCACAGCCAGGCGACAAAACGCGGGUCACUUACAAUUCGCGCUUGACGAGCGACGGCCUCCUCGAAAAGAUCAGGAAGACCGGCAAGCUUGACGGAUUCACAUUUGCCGCGCGGUAUGAUCCAUGCAAAUCAUUCUUUCAGAAAAUGCAAGCUGUCUUCCAACCCGCGCAGCCCGAACCAAAACCAAAUGAGGUCAAUAUCGGCGUGACAAUGUCAGCGAACUUCCCCGGCUUGUCGAGGGAUGGGCACAAGGCUGAGCAUCCUCAUGAUGCUAGGGAUGGGAUGACUCUCUGCAACAAGACUGACGCGAACAUGUUGCAAUUCCUCGACCCGGAAUCCCUCGAACCAAUAGGGGUCGCGCGGCAAGCGACCCUUCAUCCUGAGCUCACAGGCGUAGGGAGCGGUGCACAUGCAAAGUCGGAUCCAGCUACUGGAGAUGUGUUCAACUACAAUCUCGACUUUGGACGGACUGGAACGUAUCGAAUAUGGCGUGCUUCAGCGUCGAGUGGCAAGACCUCGAUCUUGGCAACCUUCCAACAUGCCCCUGCUUACAUCCACUCUCUUUUCUUGACGGAAACCUAUGUUAUCUUGUGUGUGUGGAACUCGUACUACAAAGCCGGAGGCGCCUCUAUUCUGUGGACGCGCAAUUUGCUCGAUGCGAUGGCUUGGGAUGGCAAACGAUCGACUACCUGGUUUGUUGUUGACAAGAAGUCGCCGGAAGAGGGCGGCAGGGGCGUCAUUGCUACUUAUGAGUCCGAGCCAUUUUUCUCGUUCCACAGUAUCAACGCCUACGAAGAGCCCUCGACCAGUCAGCAAGGAGCGCUCGACGUUAUUUGCGACCUGGCAGCGUAUGAAAAUAUGGAUAUCCUUCACCACUUCUACUUGGACAACAUCAUCAGCGACCUUCCUCAAGCACAUUCCGCGAGGAAGUCUAUGCCAUCCACAGUAGUCCCCAACUAUCGACGAUACCGGCUACCAGGUAUAUGCUCACUGCCAGAGACCAAACAUAUGCAAGCUAUUCUGGAGUUCGAGAGCAGCAAGCUGAACGCAUUCGAACUUCCCAUCAUCAACCCCAUGAUGGUCACCAAGAAGCAUCGGUACAUGUAUGGCAUAACCGAUACUGGGAAAUCAACAUUUGUUGACGGUCUGGUCAAGUACGACGCAGAGACACAUACCACGCUCCGAUGGAGUGUUCAUGGUCAAAGUCCGGGGGAGCCCAUAUUUGUCGCAGAUCCUCAGUCGGAGGACGAAGAUGGUGGGGUGCUCUUGUCUGUCGUUCUCGACGGUCCAGGAGGGAAGAGCUAUCUACUUGUUCUCAAUGCGAAGACGAUGACAGAGGUCGGAAGGGCACAUGUUGACGGUGCAAUUGGCUUUGGCUUUCAUGGCUUGCAUGUAAGCUCGAGAACAGCCGUUGGUCGCCAGAAUGGUUUGCAUUUGUGA